UUCGGUCAUACAAUGAGUGUACCAUUAAUCUCAAUGUCUCGUGGUUCGAGGGAUCUGUGAUUAUGCAGACUCCCAUAAAAACAAACACUGGCAAGGCUAUGCUGCUUUGACAGCUGCAGCAUCUGCCAAGAGAUUACUUUCUGAGAUACCGAAGGAAGUUGCAAGAGAUGAGAAACAUUUGAAGACAACAGAUAGGUGUCCAGAAUCAUGACACUUCCGAGGCUAUGACAUGGGUUAAGAGAUGGUUGAGUGGGAAAAUGAAUGAUAAGUGGCUGCUCAUAUAUGACAAUUAUGAUCCCGAAUCAUUUUCUUCGUCAUUUGCAUUCGACUUGGAAAGAUACUUACCAGAGAUACGACAAGGCGUUACAAUAAUAACGUCCACUUUCCGGUCUUUGACGUAUGGAAUUGAUCCCCGUGGAAGGAUUUCGAGAUUCCGUUAGCCUAGAAAUUCUGCUCAAGACUUCAGGGCGACCAGACCUAGCCAGUAGUAGGUUCUACGUUUGCGAGGCCGUCUGGGGGUAUGUGUCAUCGUUCAUACCAGCAGACUAAAACAAUAUACCGCUAAUCUCUAGAGAGAACAGACAGAGAGAAAUACUUUAUGUCCCAACAGUAUAUCCACCUUGGCUUUUUGUGAUUUCUUCUGCAGUUAGUAGUCAGGAA